AUGAAUUCCCCACACGAAAAGGCAGUGAAAGCUAUCCUUUAUGGCCAUAGCUGCGCUAUGCGGUUGAAGAUGCGGCUUGAUGAUCCAAUGGCUGAUAGUGGAUCAGUUUCUAGUUAUGAUCUUGCCAAAUCGAUCGUCGAUUGUUUUUCUAAUGCCAUAUCAGUCUUAUCCGAUAAACCAAAAUCCGAGGAUGAUCAAUUUUCUGAUUUAUCUUCAAUGGAUUCUCCUCCUCCUCAUCCCCAGAAGAAACAAUCCAAGAAAAGAAAGAUUGAUAGUACAAAUUCAAGUGAGAAUUGGAGGGACGAUUCACCAGAUCCGCUUUACGACGACGGAUUUCUUUGGAGGAAAUACGGCCAAAAGUCUAUUAAAAAAUCUCAUCACCAAAGGAGCUACUAUAGAUGUUCUUACAACAUAGAUCAUAACUGCGAAGCAAGAAAGCAUGAGCAAAAGAUCAAAGACAAUCCUCCGGUUUACCGAACCACUUACUUCGGCCAACACACUUGCAAAAUCAGUCAUAACCAAGAUGACAUUUUCACUUCCGUUCUUGAUCCGGUGGAUGAUGUAAAAAGUGCCAAGAUGAUCCGAUUCGGAAACGAUCUUGAUCGGGAGAAGGAAACCAGCCACUCGAGCGGUUUCUCCAUAUCGGUUAAGCAUGAAGAAGACGUGGUAAAAGAAGAAAUAAUUGAUCAGUACCAUGAGAUAACUGAUGAUCAAGAUUAUUGUCAAAAUAUGAUUCAAGAGAAUCAAUUAUCACCAUCAGGUUCUUACACUCCUUUGUCAUCAUCUGGCAGUGAAAGUGUUGUGUUUGAUUCAGAUCUAUUAUUGGACAACUUCGAUUCGUGGGAUCGUUAUGAUCAGUUUGACUUUGGACUGCGCUAG